AUUUCCUUCUCUGCAAGACUGCAAGCAGCAAGAACCUUGGAGAAGGGGGCAAAUUUUCAAACGCUAACCUUUAUAUAAUUCUCCAAAAUUUUCUAAACCUCAAAGAAAUAACAAAAUCCAAAAUGCUUUAAAACCCUAGAUUUCAGUCAAAUCGAACCCAAAAAAGGUUAAUUGAAGAAGAAAAACAGUUUUGAUCGUCAAUGGGGUUUUUCAGAAGCACAUUUACAUUUGUUGUUGGUACGGGUUUGGGUGUCUACUUGGCCCAAAACUACAACGUCCCCAAUAUUCAGAAGCUCGUCAACACUGGACUUGUUAUGGCCAAGCAUUAUGAAGAGAAUUAUCGCAAACCCAAGAAGAGGGAUGAUGAAAAUUAGGACUAUUCGUUACGGCGUCGUUUGUUGAAUCACCAGAAUCAAAGUAUUUGCAACUUGUGGUAGCAUUGAUCUGAGGAACUUCAUCUGGUUAUGAGUAUUUCAAGUUGUAUUUUGUUUGGCAAACGGUAACCAGUUUUUUCCAUAAGUUUAUAUCUUGUUGAUGUACUACAAUUAUUGCUGACAACAGAAGAGAUCUCAUUCUCGAUUGAUACCCCUAAUGUCCUAUAUCAACAUAAAAGUGCAAGGGGAUAGAACGAAGUUAAUGAUUUAUCACAGUAAGUGAUGGUUAAAUCAUUUGGAAGUGUUCGUAAUCUUUCACCUCCCUCAUUCAUAUAUCUGUU